AUGGAGCAAAUCCUCUGGCGGGCUAUCCCCGGAUUCCUACCGCACAAUAUGCCAAUCCUUAUGUAGUUCCUGCUACACCGGUUCCGCCUCCUGUCGUAGCUCCUGGAGAAAUUCCUGCAGCUCCCAAUUUACCUUUACCUACACAAUAUUCUGCCUCUCCAACCUACGGAGCGUAUCAGACAGGGUCAACCGUGUCUCCAGCAGCACCAGCAGCAUANGACAUUCCUCCUUCGUUUUCGUCUUCUUCUAUGGGACCAGAGCUCACCUGUUAUGCAGUCGUCAGCUGGUGAGAUGUCUUCGAAAGCAAGCUC